AUGUCGAAGAGAAUAAUGUGUGAAGUAUUCUGUACUGCUGAGGACUUAGGAAUGGACAUCUUUUAUAGCGAUACGGACAGUAUGCAUCUGUACAAUGAAGAUAUCCCUCGUUUAGCUGAAGAGUUUGAGAAACGUUAUGGAAGAGUUCUCAUUGGUAAAAACCUUGGUCAAUUUCAUAGCGACUUUGCAGAAAUCACAAAAGAUAAACAAAGUUUAGCAUACAAGUCAAUAUUUUGUGGAAAGAAGACUUACAUAGACUUACUCACGAAUGAUUUAAAUGAAGUUGCAUUUCACUGCAGAAUGAAAGGCGUGAAGCAAGAUGUUAUUGCUUUAACCGCUAAUGAAAUGUUUCCUGACUCUGUUCAGUGUUUCUAUGAUGAAGAUAAAGGUUUAAUGGUUCCGCAAGGAACAUAUGACAAAGACUCUGAGUUCAGUGUUAUGAAGUUAUAUAAAGCACUUUAUGACGGUCAAGAGAUUGCAUUCGACUUAUGUAAGUCUGCUACACCUGCAUUUGAAGAGAAGUUUAACUUUUCUAUUCAGACUAAGACUUCAUUCAUAAGAAAGCUUAAGUUCUGA